UCGACCUUGUGGCAUGCCGCUCUACAGCAAAGCUAGCAGCACCACAAAAAAUGGAGGCCAGCCAUGCUCCAACUCUUCACACGGCUAAUGUCUCCCGUCGGACCACCAUGAACCGUGUAUUUGCGGUGGUUUAUGCGAUGGCCAUAAUGGCCUUGCUCUAUCGCCAUGCACUCACCCUCCACCUCCAUUCCACCACUGUGUCGUCCUUCUUUAUCUAUCUCUGCUUGCUUAUCUCUGACCUUGUUCUCGCUUUCAUGUGGACGAUGUUGCAGUCUAUUCGUAUGCGUCCGGUUUACCGGAAAGAAUUCCCCGAAAACAUCAAGAAACUGGUGAGAGAAUCUGAGUUUCCGGCGCUAGACGUGUUCAUAUGCACGGCGGAUCCAUAUAAGGAACCGCCUAUGAGGGUAGUGAAUACAGCGUUAUCGGUGAUGGCUUAUGAUUAUCCGACGGAGAAGGUUUCGUUGUAUGUUUCCGACGAUGGAGGCUCAGCUCCGACCCUUUUCGCUUUGAUGGAGGCUGCAAAGUUUGCCAGCCACUGGUUGCCCUUUUGCAGGAAGAACAAUGUGGCAGAGCGGUGCCCUGACGCUUAUUUUGCUGCCAAUCAUUUUUCUUCCAGUUCUGAUUCUGAAACUCACAAAAUAAAGAUUUUAUAUGAAAGCAUGAAAGUGAAGGUGGAAAACGUGGUUGAGAGAGGGAAAGUUGGUGAGGAAUACAUAGUCCAUGAACGAGAUCUCCAAGCGUUCAGCAAAUGGAAUACUCCUGAAUUCACCCGCCAUGAACAUCCCACUGUCAUUCAGGUUAUAUUAGACAGCAGCAGAGACAAAGACAUCACAGGUCAUGUAAUGCCAAACCUUAUCUAUGUCUCUAGAGAGAAAAGCAGGACUUCUUCACACCAUUUCAAAGCUGGUGCUCUUAAUGUUCUCCUUCGAGUAUCGGCUGCCAUGACCAAUGCACCAGUGGUCCUGACCUUAGACUGUGACAUGUAUUCCAAUGAUCCUCAAACUCCUCUACGAGUCCUCUGUUACUUGUCAGACAAGAAUCUUCGACCCGAACUUGGCUAUGUUCAGUUCCCUCAGCGGUUUCCUGGGAUCAACAAGAAUGAUAUCUAUGCUUGUGAGGUCAAAAAUAUUUUUCAAAUCACCGCGGUUGGAAUGGAUGGCUUAGCAGGGCCAAGUUAUUAUGGAACUGGUUGUUUAUUUUCCAGACGUGUUUUCUGUUGUGGACCUUCCGCUUUCGUGCCGCCGGAGAUUCCUCGACUGCAUCCGGAAAGUGUUGUGGAGAAACCAAUUCAGUCCCCUGAAGUUUUGAAGUUGGCUCAUAAUGUGGCUGGUUACAAUUAUGAAAAGCAGACUCAUUGGGGAUUCAAGAUUGGUAUGAGAUAUGGAUCAUUGGUGGAGGACUAUUUCACAGGGUAUCGUUUGCAGUGUGAGGGAUGGAAUUCCAUAUUUUGCAACCCAGAAAGAGCUGCAUUUUAUGGGGAUGCACCAAUCAGCCUUGUUGAUGUGCUAAAUCAGCACAAAAGGUGGGCCAUAGGCCUUCAUGAGGUGGCUUUAUCUAAAUAUUGUCCUGUAACCUAUGGGACUCAGGCAAUGGGUCCUCCAAUGGGUUUUGCUUAUGGCUAUUAUGCAUUUUCGUCCACUUUGCUCAUUCCAAUUACUGUAUAUGCCUUCCUUCCCCAAUUAGCUCUCUUCAAUGGAAUCACCAUCUUCCCAAAGGUUUCAGACCCAUGGUUUUUGUUGUAUGCAUUUCUUUUUGUUGGAGCUUAUGGUCAGGAUUUAUUGGAUUUUUUGGUACAUGGAGGAACAGUCCAAAGGUGGUGGAAUGACCAGAGGAUGUGGCUAAUUAGGGGACUUUCAUGCUUUUGGUUUGGAUCUACUGAAUAUUUUUUGAAAUCUUUAGGAAUUUAUACACAUGGUUUUAAUGUCACAAGCAAAGUUCUGGAUGAUGAACAGAGAAAAAGAUAUGAACAAGAGGUGUUUGAGUUUGGAGUUCAAUCACCCAUGUUUGUUCCUUUGACAGUGGCUGCAUUUGCUAACUUUGGUGCAUUUUUUGGGGGGAUUUUGGGAGUUUUUAGAGGAAGCAAUGACCUAGAAGAGCUCCUUGUGCAGAUUUUUAUAGCAGGUUUUGGUAUGCUGAAUAGCUGGCCUGUUUAUCAUGGUUUGCUUAUGAGGGGUGAUAAAGGAGGAGUUCCCAUAAAAAUCACUUUGAUUUCUAUGGUUCUUGCCUUUUUUGUUACUUUAGCAUUUUCCUUUUUUUGUGAGUUUUCCCUUUCCUAGUUUUCUUUAUUGUUCUGUUUUUUGUUGUUUAAUGGUUAAUUAAUAAAAGGCCAUUAUUGAAUAUAAUUAUUCGGUAGGGUUAAUAAGAAAGCUUUUAUAAAUUUUUGCAAGUCAUUUUGUAAUUAUAAUAAUACAAUGGUACAAUAUUAGUUGCAACAUGUUAAUCAGAGUAAUAUGGCCUUAAUUGCAACAUGUUUUUGCUU